AUGGCAGUCGAGGAUGGAAUGGAAGAGAACAAAGAGGUCAAGGAAUUGACGAUCACCCGGGGAGAACCUGGGGUCCCUCGGCCUGGGGAUAACCCCGCCAUAUCCACAGAGGCAAAGUACGAAUGCUGGUUGGCCGCAAUCAGCUUCCAGGCGCAGUCAUUUCAAAACGACGGCCAUUCCUCGGGACAACAGUCAGCUGCGAAGCCUGCGAGUCUGGAUUUUGGACUCCACUAUCCCGGCCGUGUCUGGAGUCUGGAGUCCGGAGUUUCUCUGGAGGAAAACGGGGACUCGAGGAGGGCAGCGUCUGGGAUGCCGAAACGGUCUGAAGCCCGUGGGGACGGGAGGACACACACGAGGCCGUUUGCAUUCGGAUGGGGAAGUAACCCGAGGAGCUGA